AUGCGAAUGCACACAGUCCUCGUCGCAAGUUCAACAAUCCUUACAGACCCUCGGAUUUCCCUUCGUUCCCUCUGCGGUGGAAGUAGCCCGACGGAAAAAGAGGUCUGCGGCAUAUCCCGCAAGGCGCAGCCCGGCGUGGCGGGCGGCGGCGGGGGACACCCGGCCCUGCGGUGCCUGGCCGAGCACAGCGGCUGCAAGGGGGGCCCGCCGUCGGGCGAGGAGCCGGCGGCGCUCUGCCUGCAGUGCGAUAUGAAUGACUGUUACAGCCGGCUGAGGAAGCUGGUGCCCACCAUCCCGCCCAACAAGAGGGUCAGCAAAGUGGAGAUCCUGCAGCAUGUCAUCGACUACAUCCUCGACCUGCAGCUGGCUCUGGAGACGCACCCGGCGCUGCUCCGGCAGCAGCAGCAGCCGCCCGCCCCGCACCCGGGCAGCUGGCCCGCGGGGCCCCCCACGGACCCGCUGUACGUGAGGGGAGGCAAGACCAUUUGCAACCAGCGCUUGGCUGCGCUGACGCAGUUGAGGACUUGUAAGAAGAGCCAUAAAAAGCACCUCCCCGUACACCAAGGUGGAAACAGUGCUGGUGGGCUGUGGUACCCCGGCUGUCCCCCACCACCAUCAGAGGGACAUGGGCGGGGAAAGCAGAGCACUCUUCUGGCAGCUUAUUUCAAAGUAGAGGACAUGGCAGUGGCUGGAACGAAUUAG